AUGCCCACGCAGUCGCGUGUACACUACACCGCCCUUCGCCUUGGCACCGCCGAGCCAAGUGUCCCGGCCCGUGACAUCGGUUUGAUAUCUCCGCGCCAUUAUAGCACUCUAUUCUCGUACCAGGAAGCCGUGACGCCAGUGGACCCGCGGCCUCAGCCGUACCGGACCGUUACAAGUCCGACGGAAGGAAAAGCCAUAUUGUUUCGUAACACCACGCCCGAAGGCUUCUCCGCUGACCGUGAACGGUUCGCGAGGCGAAGAAGUAGCCGGUCGGACAUUAUUGAUAAACUGGCCUACAAAAAUCAGGGCCUAAGGGUGAAGGCCGAUAUUGAAGGCGCAGAAACGAGCGGGCGUGAUGCAGAAGAAAGUGGAAAACGUCUGAAUCGGCGAAUCUGCGACGGAGAGCGCCGUGGGUUUGUGCACAGAUGUUCUUCAGCUUCGGCCGCGAAGGCGGAACUGGUAGUGCUGUGCGGUCGCCGAAAAAACAAACUACCGGAAUCGGACUGCGGGACCUUCAGA